AUGGGCGAGGUAGGUGCAAACGAAACGGAAACGACUGCACCAACAGCGGACAGUAACAACGAGCCAAAGGAAAAUGGUGAAGUGAACGGGACGAACAAGAAAAAAGUCGACCUGGAAGAAGAUGCCGCCAACGAGGAGCAAACGGAGGAAAAAGAUGACAAAUCAGAUGGAGAAGAAGAAGCAAAUGGGACAAAUAGUGAAGGCGAUUCCGGCGUAGAAAAGAAAGCAACUGUAUCCGGCAAGGAUUCUGCGAUCGCAGCGAAAAGCGAGGAAACAAAGUCCCCCCAGGGGGCGGAAACCGACUCGGAGGUGAAAGAGAAGAAGCGGAAGAAUAGUAAUAGCGAUAAUGCUGCAGCAGCGCCAUCUGCGAUGCAAAAGUUGCAGCUCAAAAUCGAAGACAGCAACGAGGAAACGUCAGAGAGUAAUGAUGCCAAGAGAAAGUCUGAUCUAAGUAACCGCGAUAGCAGUGAACGCGUAGCCAGUAAAGCAGAAUCGAAGUCCUCACGGGAAACGGAAGAAAAAGUGUCCCUGCAGGAAGAAUCCGAACCAGAGGAAACAAUGGAUGUGGAUGAAGAGAGUGAUGUUGUUUCGGUAGAACCCGAACAGGGGACAGAGAACGGUGGUAAGGAUGGUGGAAAAGUUGCAAGCAAAGAAGAGUCCAAAAUAGUCGGUAAGCUGGUUGCAGAAACCGACGAAGAUGAGCCGAUGGAAGUUGAUGGGCUAGGGGCAACGGUUGCCACCAAUGGUCACAAGGAAGCGAACGUUGAAGAAGGUCCCGUUGAGCGGCCGGAAAAACUGAACCGUGAUAAAAUUUCAACCGAGCAACAGAAGGAGAAGACGAGUGAUAGGAUUCCGGUUAAUAAGGAUUCAUUGGAGAACGAUGAAGACGACAAACCUGUCAGUAUUAAUUCCGACUCCGAGAGUGAGGAAGAUCAAGAGCUUGAGGAGGCGUCGCACCCAAUACGUGACAAUGUGGAUCCGGUAGAAGCACCACUGGCGGCGGCGGCCACAACCAAACCGGCAAAGGCAACCAAUGUUAUUCUGGUGGAUGAAGGUGGUUUGGCAAAACUCGGCGCCACCGGCACGCAGGUAGUAGCGGGAGAAGCGAAGAGUACCGCCAGUGACAGUGUACCUAGCAACGGUGUUGUUAAUAUUGCCACUAGCAACCAGAACGGUGACUGUGAUGGGGAUUUAACGAUCCUGAGCGACAAGGAAGAUGAUUGUGUGGUGAUUGAGGACGAUGAGGGAGAAUCGGAUAUUUCCAUGCCGUCCGCUAAUAAUUCCCAUACAAAUAGUUCCCGGAGAAGCGCUAGUAUGAAGUCGGAGACACCAAACUCGCUAGUGGCGGGAGGUUCAGUAAAUCGUAUGACAAUCGGCGCCAUGCAACAGGGUCAGGGUAUGGUAUCGUCCAUGGACGACGAGGACGAUGAUGAUGAUAUCGAGGAAAUCAUUGACGACCCCCUGUCGUUAAACACGGCAAGAAAUCUAUCCAUGAGCGGCCGCUCCUCGAUCGGUGGCUUCCAAGGUGGUGCUGCGACCAACUUUAAAACCCAGGGACAAAAGUCUCUUUUAAUGAACACCUCCGCUACCGGUGGUGGCGCCGGCAAAGAACCAACCCUGGUGCUAAUCGAUACCAAUACGAUGAUGAACAAUGGAGGCUCUCAGCGCACUUCGUCCAAUCUGGGCGUAACAUCAUCACCGAGCGUAAAUAGUAAUGCCGCAAAUCUGCUAGCAAAGGCCAGUAAUGCCGGAAUUCUGGCAAACGCUAACGUCAGCCCCGGGGGACAGUUUAAUUCACGUAGUCUACUCAAUUCUUCCGGCGUGGCCAACACGACUACCGGUGGUGGAAUAGUUAACCAAGGUGGUAUGAUGGGAGGAAAAGCGGGUGCUGCGGGGUUAGCACCUGUGACACCCCUGCUGCCAGCGCUGACGGAUGAUAUGUUUGUACUGGAAGCACCCUCGUUCAUCGUACCGUACAUAUACGAGAAACCGCCAGUGGACAACCUGCGCGACAUAGUGGACGAGCUAGAGGAGAACAUAAAGGAACUGCGCAAAAAGCUUGAAGAGUCCGGUGUGGUACCUCCGUCUGUAAAAUUGGCUAACCAAGGUGCAGGCGCAGCAACUCCCGACCAGAGUAAGGACGACGAGAGUGAAAAGAAGAACGCGCUCGCAAACAUAUACGGUGGCGGGGACAAAGAGUCAGACAAGAAUAAAUAUAACAAAAAGCGGAAACGAAAUAACGAUGACGAUGAUGAUUGGGACGAGCUGGAAACGUCCACCGACGACGAAGCGUCAGACGAGGAGCAGAAGACGAAGGUACUGAUAAAGGAGGCAAAAGCUGAUAUCGAGGCGAUCAAGGAGCACAUCAUUUCGCCAGUUGACAAGGAUGACCUCAGCAGCGGUGGCGGUGGUUCGAACGAUCCGAAAAAGUCAGAAAACUAUUUUGAAAAUCCGCUCGGCAAGUUCUUCAUGAAUAUUGGUAUCAAUCUGGUGCAGGAGUUUGUGCAGACGGAUCUGCUGCGGCAGCAGAAGAGAAAGCGGGACCGGGAAGGUAAACCAUCGCCGAGCACGCAGCUCGCCAUAAACUCGUUAAUGAAGAAUCUCGAACAGAGCAAGGAAAACAACAAACCGUACAAGUUCGAAAUGAAGCGCUGCGAGUACUGCCCGUUCAAGUCGGAAUCGGCACUCGUGAUGGCCCACCAUUACGAAACACCGCACAUGCGCAACUUUAUCUUCAAGUGUAAUUUCUGCGCGUACGAAACGAGACCACCGCACGAUAUACUGUACCACAUGGAAGCGGUGCAUAACAUCAAGGGCCGGAUGGAGAAGGCGCUGUCUUACCAUCACUGUCCGAACUGUCCGUUCGAGGACAAUGGGAAGUCAAAGCUGGCCCGGCAUGCAGUGGCUUGUGCGAAGAAGUUCCGACCCGAGCUUAACCUCAAUCCGCCAAUCGACUGGGAACCGCCGGCAAAGAUCCCACGCAUCAAACCGAAGCACGGCCUUGUCGGAACCGCUACGGCUUAUCAGGCUAUGACAGCUCAACAACAAAAGAAUAUCGCUCUUGCCAAUCAGCAGCGCAUCAAUCAACAGCAGGUCGUAACAACGCCGGUACACUUACAGCAGCAACACAUGGCCCACAAUCAGAUCCAGCAACAGCAGCUUGCCGGCGUUGGUCAGCAGCAUCUUGGAUUAGUCGGAACGAAUGCGGCUGCUGCAGCUGCCACCCUGAACAAUGUUGCGUUGGCAAACCUUUCCCCGGCGGCGCAGGCCGUUGCAAUACGGGCUCGCGCGGCAGGUAUUGGCGGGGGUGUUGGUGGUACCGGUAAUGUCGGUGGUGGCCGGGCACCGGCCAUUAUCCCUUCGCCCACCGGAAUUACCGGUGCGGGUGGAGUGCGAACGACCGGUGCAGGUGGUGUCGCCGGUGGUAUGAAUGCAAACGCGCUUGCUGCGUCGGCCGCCGCAAUUCGGAACACACUCGCCGGAGCAGGAAUGGUAAUACCCACUAACCUUCAACUUUCGGCAUCGGCAUUAGCCGCUGCUGCUGCGGGAGGAUUUAGUAAAUAUCUGCCGAAAUCAACCAACGCCGGACGAUCUCUUCUAACCAAUACCAAUGCCUCCAUCACAAUUCAGAAUGCCUCGAGUAUGAAAACGACAAAAACAGCACAGGCACCAAGUAUCUCGAUUACGCCACUACCACGGCAGUCCGCUUCGAACAGCAACAAUGCUGUCGCCAACAUGUCCAACAUUGCCGGUGCUCUGUCGAAACUGCAGUCCCAAGGUACGUCCGCGGUAAAGCCGGGACAAAAUCCGAGCGGUGGCAAGAUGUCGUUCGUGGUGUGUGAGAUCUGUGAUGGAUACAUCAAGGAUCUGGACCAGCUGCGCAAUCACAUGCAGUGGAUACACAAAGUGAAGAUUCAUCCCAAGAUGAUCUAUAACCGACCACCACUCAAUUGCCAAAAGUGUCAGUUCCGGUUUUUCACCGAUCAAGGACUCGAAAGGCACCUGUUGGGUUCGCACGGUUUGGUGACAAGCUCCAUGCAGGAAGCCGCCAACAAGGGCAAGGAUGCUGGUCGCUGUCCAGUGUGUGGUCGGGUUUAUCAAUGGAAGCUGCUAAACCAUGUAUCACGCGAUCACAACAUGACCCUGAAACCUGCCCAUCUUUCGUACAAAUGUACCGUCUGCACAGCCACGUUUGGCAUGUACAAACAGUUUGAAAGCCACGUCUAUUCCGCGCAUAGUACGGUGGCGAAAAAGACGGCCGACGGCAAGGGCAACAAAGGUAUGGGUGGAGGCCAGCAACAGACCUCAUCCGGCAUGGGUGGCGGAUCGUCGUCGUCCAGCGUCGGACUAAGAAAUCCAUUCGGUGGUGGCGAUUCACUGCUGAAACCGCUAAAAAUUAAUGACGAAAUUACGAUCAUCCCGCAGCCAACAUCCAACAGCAACAAGAUGGCGAAAACGAUCGAACUGGAAAGUCAUGUUAUAGAUUCCUCGAUCCAGACGCGCAUUGUUUACCCUGCCCUGUUCGCAAAGACGGGGUAA